AUGGAGCAGCAGGGCGACAAGACGCGGCUGCUGCCGGACGACGUGCUGGCCGCCGUCCUCGGCCGUCUCGCUCCACGCGAUCUCGCCGCGUGCCGGUGCGCGUGCAAGGCGUGGCUGACCAUCAUCGACGCUCGCCGCAUACUACGCGCCGAGCUCCUCCCUCACACAUUAGCGGGCAUCUUCAUCAACUUCAACGAGCUCACGUACUCCGAGUUCUUCUGCCGCCCGCCGCCCUCGGAAGGCCUCGGGAUCAGACUCAGAGAGAGGCUCGUCGUCUACCGCACGAUGGAUCACUGCAAUGGUCUUCUCCUGCAGUACAACUACGUGGCUAACCCGGCCACGGGGUGGGAGGCGCCCUUGCCACGCCAACCGCCCCCGAGUCCAGGGCUGGAGUGCUUCCCCGACGAGGCCUACCUUGUGUUCGACCCCGCGGUGUCGUCUCACUACCAGGUGUUCCUCAUACCUCAGGUUCCUUACGUCGAGCUCGACAUAGCACCAUUUGAAGAUCCCUAUAUCGAGAUUGACCCAACAAUAUUAGAGUCGGAGUGGCCACCGUCGUCGUGUCCUUUACGAGUCUUCUCUUCGUUGACUGGACGAUGGGAGGAGAGGCAGUUUGUAAGAGAAGGGGAGGCUGCAGGAACCGUGGCCCACUUGGCAACGGACGACUAUUUAGAGGACACGCGGCACGGCGUUUAUUGGCGUGGGGCACUUUAUGUACACUGCACAAAUUCUUUUGUUAUGAGGUUGUGUUUAGCAAAUAACACGUAUCAGGUAAUUAAAACACCGAGAAGUUUUGAACCUGGGAAUUGCGGACAAUGCCUUCUAGGAAAAUCGGAAAAGGGGGUAUAUUAUGCAUCACUACCCAGAAGAAGUAUAUAUUCUCUCCAACUUCAGGUAUGGAUCCUUGACGAAUCGAGCGGAUGCGCCAAGUGGGUUUUAGAGCACGACAAAGACAUCAAGCCACUGGUGCCAUGUCUAAACGAAGAUCAACAACUUCACGGCCCAUGGAUCUUCCAGGAUGUUAACUACAAUGAAGAGAAGUAUAGGAAACUCUACAACAAUCAUGAGUCCAUGGUAAUAGACGACGAUCUUGAAUGGAACUCCGAUAAUGAUGCCCUGGAUAUUGGAGAUACAGCCGACAAAGGCGGGUGCAAUUAUAUUUCCUUCCUUGCAUUUCAUCCUUUCAAACAAAUCGUCUUCUUGAGUAGCAAGUUGAACAGAGGAUUGGCGUACUAUUUAAGCACCUCCAAGGUUGAAGUCCUUGGUAACUUAGGCCCAAAAUAUUAUAGUGAUAUUGCAGGCCCACGUGGACUUAUUGAAGCAUCUUUUCCAUACACUCCUUGUUGGAUGUGA